AUGACAAUUAGGUUCUAUCUGAAUAGCCCAGUGGUAAUCUCCCUUCUACAGUCUCUCUCUCUCUCUCUCUCUCUCUCUCUCUCGUUCGGUAUUUCUCCUAACCCUUCUCCACAAAAUAACCCCCCACCACUUCGUUCAUCAUGCCAAACCAUAUUCUUUCCUUGUCUUUUUCCUUUCUGUUCCCUCAUCAAACUAUUCUCCUUCUCUUCAUCACGUACCUCUCAAUUUCUCUUUAUAACAUAUUCUUUACCUUUAUCCCCCCCACCACUCCACCUACAUGUAUAUCAUAUAUCUUCCUGUAUUCAUUUCUUCCCCCUCACACACACACACUUGCAUCCUUUCUCUUCCCAGAUUAUCUUCUCUGACACUUACACCCUUUCUCUUUAUCCCACAAAAAGUCCUUCAAACUAUGGAUUUUCUCAUUAUAUCAAACUUUUCUCCCAUUUGACCACACCUUUUUUUCCCCUCAUCUCACUUGGCUUUUUCUAUCCUUGUCUUUUUCUAUAUUUCCAUCAUUCUCUUGGCCACAUUUCUUUCUUUUUUCUCAAAAUCAUUCAUGUUAUCUACCAUAACACUUCACUCUCCAAACCCUUUCCCAAAGGUGCAUCCUUCAUUUCCCCUAAACAUACCAAAAUAAUAGCGCCUACCAACAUCUGA